AUGCUGUCUCUCAGUGCAAAACGCGUCUUUGUGGCACAAAUCAAGCCUCUGACCUUUUUCCAACGGGGAAAAGCGACACCUGCAUAUGAUGGCCAUAUACCCCUCAACUGGGGGGAAAAUGCAUUCACGGCAGUUGGCUCUGCCCUUGCAGCUCUUGCCGAUCCCCGCCGUGGUGAUAUGGUGGCUGCUUUGGGCGAAACUACUGCUGGGUCUGCUCUCCCCCGACUUCGUGAUCAGAUGCUCGCAUCAUCAGAAGGGCGAGCUAUUUUAAAGGAUCGCCCAAGAGUAAACACUAAUACUGUUGACAUGGUCACACUGGCCAAAAUGCCUAUUGGGAGUUGGGGCCAUACCUAUGUGACUUGGCUGGACCGUUGUGGAGUUACUCCGGAUACUCGUGAACCCGUUCAUUAUAUCGACGAUCCUGAACUUGCAUAUGUGAUGACCCGCUACCGCGAGUGUCAUGAUUUCUAUCAUGCUGUUUGCGGAUUAAGUGUAUCAGUCCCAUCUGAACUAGCUCUUAAAGUCUUUGAACUUGCCAACUUUGGAUUACCCUCAACAGCUCUAUCGGCUCUUUCGGGCCUUUCUGCUUUUUUCCCUGCGCUUCCAAGUCCAACCACUCUCGCUUAUAAACUGAGUCGUCCAAUACGUUUUCUCAAUCCUUACGACAAGCCUCCUGCUGAACCAAAACGGCCACUGGGAAGACUUACACCUCACCAACGUGAUCGAUUUGUCCGAGAGUUUGCCCCUUGGGCAUUUAGGUGUGGGGCUUCUGCGCGCCCGUUGAUUACAGUAUAUUGGGAGAAACGCUGGGAUCAACCGAUUGACGAUCUCAAGCGUGAACUUGGUAUAUGGGAUCCGCCUCAGGUUGAGUGGGGCAAAUCCCUAUCGGAGGCGAAGCGUGAGCGCGAGCGCAGAAACACUCUGGCAGAGGCGAGCAAGACAAAUGGGGCUGAAUAG